AUGGACGUCCCAGCAGUGACAAUGGCUCAACAUACACCCCUUCCUCCGGGAACAGUUCACUUGCUCAAUUAUGAGGACGCUACAGAGUCCCCAAUAUUUGUUCUAUCCCCAACUCCAUCGUCAGACCCGAACGACCCACUGAACUGGAGCAAAUGGAGAAAGUAUCUUAACUACAGUCUUGCCAUGGGCGUCACCGUGGCCGCUUUCACCAACCUCUCGAUCCAAACCGUCUUCUGGCAACAGAUGACCGUUGAUCUCGAUGUGUCUAUCAACCAACUCAGCAACGCGCAGUCCGCUCAGCUUGCAGGACUUGCCACAGGCUGCAUUUUCUUCAUUCCGUUCACAAUCAAGUAUGGUCGUCGCUUAACGUACUUAGUUUCCACAGCGAUUCUUGCUGCAGCAGCGUGGUGGACAUCUUCUAUGCAUUCAUACGCAGAACUUAUUGCCACAGCUGUAAUCACGGGACUAGCUGGCGCUAUAAACGAGACCGCGGUGCAAAUGACUAUUGCCGAUAUUUUCUUCGUUCACCAGCGAGGUUCUGCCAACGGUCUCUAUUUUACUGCCGUAAUGGCAGGAAGCUUUUUGACGCCUUUGGCUGCCGGCUCCCAAGCCGUGACUCAGGGAUGGCGCUGGUCAUACUACGCCCUCUCUAUCUCUCUGACAGUUCUCUUCUUCAUGUUUGUUUUCUUGUAUGAAGAGACCAAAUAUAUUCCCAUAAGCCUCGGCGAAAGCGACCUUACAGACGACAACUCACCGAUUGGCGGGAAUGAUAUGGCAAAAGUCAGAAGCCUUGAUAAAGGCGGUCUGGAGCUGAACUACAUGCGGUCCAAUCCCGCUACGAAUGUCCCACUGAAUUCUUACCGAGAACGCAUGCGAUUAUUGACACCAACCUCGGAAUCCUUACUGCGAGUUUUCAUCUUGCCACUUCAUGUCAUUACUCUUCCACACGUCAUGUUCACUGCUCUUCAGUUUGCAUCCGGUGUUUGCUGGCUAGUACUGUUCAUGUCGGUUGUAUCCGUCGUCUUUUCUGCGCCCCCCUACAAUUUCAAUACUGCAGCAAUCGGAUAUAUGAACCUCGGACCUUUUGUUGGAAACAUUUUCGGCAGUAUUUACGGCGGACCUUUAGCAGACUGGACUGUUUUGCGCUUGGCUAAGAGGAAUGGGGGCGUUUUCGAGCCGGAAAUGCGACUGUAUCCCUUAUUUCUACCCGUGAUCACGAUGGCUGGUGGUAUUGUCAUGUUUGGAGUCACCGCGGAUCGAGGAAUGCAUUGGAUCUUCCCUAGCAUCGGCGGCGCACUAUUCGCAUUUGGCCUUGGUGCAAAUGGAGACAUCACCUUUACAUUUGUUAUUGAUACUUAUCGAGAGCUGACUGCCGAAGCCUUUGUUGGUGUCGCGUUUGUCCGUAAUGCUGUCAGCGUAGGUGUCCCUUCGGCGCUUGUGCCCUGGAUGUCAAACAUGGGCCUUACCAAUAUGUACAUUCUGAGUGGGGUUAUCUCUCUUCUCAUCGGUCUUUUGUAUGUUCCUAUGAUCAUCUGGGGCAAGCGCAUUCGCACCAUUCUGGCUCCCCGAUACUUGCGACUUGUGGAGAGGCGCAUGCAGAUUUAG